AUGGCCAGGUGUGUCGAGUACAACAACGGCGACGUCGACUGCUACAACAGCGCAUGGGAUUCUUGGGUCCGAUGGCUCGUCCUCGCCCUGAUCAUCAUCGCCGCCCUCCUCCUCUUCUUCUCCUUCAGCUGCAUCACCGCGCGAAGACGCCGCCGAAUGGGCUACCAACCCUACCGCGGCACCGGCUGGGCCCUCGGACGCACACCACCCGGCCACGCCCCCGCUCAGUACAACCAGCAGCAACCGUACUACCAAAACGCCCAGCCCUACUACAACAACAGCAACAACCCCGCGCCACCGCCUGCAUACACCCCGCCGCCGAACAAUGGAUACUACGGCAAUGAUGUGGAGUUGCAGCAGCCGCAGAAUGUGUAUGGUGGAUACCGCAGUGCCGAGGGAGCGUAUGAGCCGCCGAAGGGCCCGCCGCCAGCGAGGAAUUAA